AGAAGACGUCAUUUCCGGAAUUCAAAAUGGAACCUUUUUAAUAUGAAGUGCAUAUUGUAUAAAAUAAAUGAGAAAAAUAAUAGAGAAGGCAAUUUGAAGUAUUUAUAAAAAAAAUAGUUUCAUAUUACAAAGAGAGAUAUUUAUUCGAUGUGCGGUUAUGUUUCGCUGUGACAAAGUUGAUCAAGUAUGAGCUUGGGUAUGGGUUUUGAUUAGCGUAGUGACGUGAAGUUUUCAACGUUUGCUGUUUGUGCAUUGUGUGCUCGCCGCCAGUCGAGCUGACCACUGUGAAGUGCGCAUCGUUAGUACCUAGUUGUGUGUACAUAUAAAUGGCGGCUGACGAAAAAUGGUACUUCACGAAAGAACAGCUAAUAAAUACGCCGAGCAGAAGAUGCGGCAUCGACGCAGAUAAGGAACUGAGCUACAGGCAGCAGGCAGCAAAUUUUAUUCAGGAUAUGGGACAGCGGCUUGUGGUGUCACAAUUAUGUAUCAACACAGCAAUAGUGUAUAUGCACAGAUUUUAUGUAUUUCACUCGCUGUCACAUUUCCACAGGAAUGCAAUUGCAGCAGCAGCACUAUUUUUAGCAGCAAAAGUAGAAGAACAACCGCGCAAGUUAGAACAUGUUAUCAAAAUGGCACACAUGUGUCUCCACAGAGAUCAGCCCCCACCUGAUGUCAGAUCUGAGCAAUACCUUGAGCAAGCUCAAGAUCUGGUAUUCAACGAAAAUGUUCUACUACAAACAUUGGGGUUUGAUGUCGCCAUUGAUCAUCCCCACACACAUGUUGUUAGAUGUUGUCAACUGGUUAAAGCGAGCAAGGACUUAGCCCAGACUUCGUACUUCAUGGCAUCUAACAGUUUGCAUUUAACAACCAUGUGUCUGCAGUACAAGCCAACGGUAGUUGCCUGCUUUUGCAUUCAUCUUGCAUGUAAAUGGUCUAAUUGGGAGAUACCACAAAGUACGGAAGGGAAGCACUGGUUCUGGUACGUCGACAGAAGUGUGACAUCCGAACUAUUACAAGAGCUUACAGCAGAAUUCCUCCAUAUAUUUGAUAAGUGCCCAUCAAGAUUGAAAAGAAAAAUAAUGAGCAUAUCCGCUAAUCAAAGUCCAAGCAUUAAUCAUCCCAGUUUACCGAACUCACCCUUUGAUGCGGAACCACGCAAGGUACAAUCUCCUGCGACGACGGCCGAUGGUGGACCUACAUUCCACACAAAUCGACCUCAUCAAGCGGAGAAACAAGAAGAAAAGAAACAGAACGCUCCCGCACCUGCGAGACCUCCUGUAGAUUAUCGGGAAUAUCGAGAAAAGAAAGAACGCGAGCGUUUGGAAAGAGAAAAGGCAUCAGUUCCAGCAUCAGUUGCGCCAAGUCAUGCAUCGGAUAUUAAUAAGCACCAUUCUCAUCACCACAAACCUGUAUCUAGUACAAAUGUGCUGAACAAACAUCCGUUGCCUCUUGGACAGAAGACACUCCAUCAUAAUCAUCAUCAUAGACCAGAUAUAAAAGUUGGACAACCAGUGCCCCAGAGGCACUCGAGUAGUACUCAAGCUAGGGAACCAAAUCGUGAUCCCAAUAGACAGAGGUUACAAAGAGAAUACAGUUCGAACACUGGUAUAAGUAGCAGUAGUUGUAGUAGUGGUAGUGCUCUCCAUUCUCACAGUCAUGUCGUAUCGAAGGAACAAACUUUGGAUAAUUCUAUAACCGAUUCCGUUACUCACAGAUCGGAUGUUGGAUCAUUACAAGAGCCAACGCCUCAUGGGAAUAUACAGGAGAAACUUAGUAAUAAUAAUCAUAGUCUGCACAGAUUAAGUGGAGUAGAAAGUAAACAUCAGGGUCAUGAUAAAAGAAUGUAUGAUCCAAGGCAUAAACCAGUAGAACAUAGGAAAGAUAAUGAACAAAAGCCAUAUAAAUAUCCAGAUCCAAGUAGAAUCGAUCGACAAAGAAAGUCUGAUACGUUGGAGCAAAGGUGUGAAGAGGUUAGAAAGCUCAUUGAGAAGUCAAUACCUCCACCUAAACCGACGCUUGAUGUACCAUAUAGUUCAAAUACACAAAAGCCGCCGUCACACCAUAUAAAAUACAAUCAGUCAGAAAAGUUACAAGGUAGUUCUGGUGUAGUGCCGACCGAUGUGAAACUUAGUACUAGCCAGAGUUCAUUUUCACAAGAAAAGUCUCCGAGUAACUCCGUUUCAUUGCUUAGUCAAAAAUCAUUAUCUUCGAAGACAAUAUCCAGUCAACAUACAGCUCAUGGUGUAUCACAAAUAUUAAAGGACACGAUUAAAAAUAGUAAUUCUCAGUCGUCGAGUUUAUCCUCGUUGAAUAAUCUUGACGACCCAAAAACUGAAAAACGACCGCGGCAUGAUGACACAGACAAAAGUUCGUCCGAUAUCCAACAGAAUGUGUUACAAACCCCCCCUGGUAAGCCGAAAUCGCUAUUCAGUCCAGAGAAAGUACCAACGCCUCGGGAAUCUCAUUCACAGAGGCUUAAGACUAAACAAAAGACGCCACCUUCGGCUGCAAAAGUUCCUAAACAAGAACGCGUACCAGACACAUCGAUAGGCUUUAAUUUAGUAUCACCUUUCGCAAGCCCACCAGGUUUGCAACAGCAAGAAACGCAAUCGGUUAAACGAUCGGCUAACGAUGUUUCUGCAACGUCCCAUAAAAGGCAUCGCACGUGUAGUACUAGCGAAAGUGGACAGCAAGUGAAAGUAAAAAUGGAUGAUACGACGUCCAGUUUCGAGGCAGUUAAGAUGCUCGGUAGAGUACCGGAACUGAUACAACCUAUUAGAGAUAAUCCAUCGGCGAAUGGUAGAGCCACUCAAAUUGCGAAUGAUAUGAAACCACCGGAGCUCAUUAAACCUUUUGAUUCAGAGCCAACGAUAUCACGUUUUGGCACAAUACCUACACAGCCACAGAUAUCAUCAAAUCAACAGGGUUUGACGAAUGGACUGGAUACUAAUUUAGUGAAGCAAGAGUCUCAAGAAUUCCAAAUUAAAAAGGAAACCUAUAAAACAGAUAUACCAAUAAAGGCUGAACAUCAGAUUAAAGGAGAAUAUUUAUCUCCAAUGAAAUCUGCUCAAAGUAUAAGUGCUCUGCUUCAGGAACCUUUAGCACCCAUGCCAUCGUUAUUACAAAAUAUGCAACAAUUUAGUCAAAUACCACCACAACAGCAAGUUCAUCAGGAACAAUUUCAACAACAGCAGUUGCAACAACAGCAACAGCAACUUCAACAUGAACAACCACCACAACCUCAACAUCAACCAUCGAUAUCUCAUUCGAUGUUGCUCGCACAGCAGGAACCCGUUCAAAGUCAGUGUCUGCCUCUAUCAUCGGUUGCCGAACCAAUGAUAGCUUCGACCGUAGAUAUAAGUGCUCUGUCUGGCCCCGUACAAGCAAAUACAGAAUCCAUUCUCUCUGUACCAACAUCGACGACCAUAACCGUCGCACCCCCUGUAGAAGAGAAGAGAUCGGAGCAUCACAAGAGUGAAAAGAAGAAAAAGAAGGAGAAGCAUAAACACAAAGAUAAGGAGAAGAGUAAAGAAAAGCACAAACACAAGCAUAAAGACAAGGAUAAAGAAAAACAUCGAGACAAGGACAAAGAAAAAGGAGAAGAAACUGUGCCUGCAGUACCUAUCAAAAUCACAAUUCCUAAAGACAAAUUGAAUCUGAGCACAGAAUCGACAGGAAACACCGGUGCGAAUACAGUGCCAACUGACAAAAACAAGUCGCCUCAGAAUACUAGUAUCAAAAUUAUUAUUCCUAAGGAACGACUGAAGAGUACGGACAAUGUAUCUAGUUCACCGGGUCAGUCCGUAGUUCAGGCUCCGCUGAAGAUUAAAAUCCGAACGGAUGGAAUCUCGAGGAGUUCCGGCGCGCCCUCAACGACGGGCAGUUCGAGCAGCAUCGUUCCAGAGUUCACGAACGAAAGUCGGAAGCGCGAUCGUUCUGAAAUGAAGGAGAGUCCAACGACUAGUGUUCCGCCAACGAAGAAGCAAUCGCAGGUGUCCUCGGUGGGUUACGGGCAACACCGACUAGGCGAACGGCAGAACGGCAGACACUAUAGUUCAGGCAACAAUAACAAGGAGAAACACGCGUCUAGCCAUCACAAAAGUUCCAGCAAGCUGUCACAGUCUCAGCAGUCUCACACGUCGUAGUAUCCGGACAUCAGUAGAAGAGGAUGUCGGUAAAAGUCUCUUCAGGAAGUGCUCCGAAGUAACCUGAUUGAUAUCCAUCCUGAAAGGGGAAAAUUCACCUCGUUUUGCUUCUUCGUCCUUGAAACUGCGUUGAGAUUCCAAAGCAAUGCAGCUUUCAUCGUCGUCCUCGUUUCUCACAGUCGUCCCAGAUGAUCAAGAGGAGAAUAGAUGUUCGUUAGCUGUCUGCUUCAUCCGUUGCAGCAUUCUAUCCAAAGUUUACGAUAAGAAGGGAAUAAUUCUUAUAACAGUUCUUCAUAUAUGGCUGCAUCGAAGAUGAGAAUUCACAAAAAGACGCAAGCUUGACGCCUUAACGUUAACCAAAGUUUAACGUAAAUCGAUCAGCGAUUUAUGCUUUCGACUAGAGAAAAGAAUGAAAAACGAAAAAGAAAGGAAAAUAAUUAAUCUUACUCAGGUCAAAUUAAAUACGCAGUAAGUUAAGGAGAAAGGGAAUUUCACUUCGUCCUUGAUCAUUGGAUUACGCGAUUUUCAUUUUACUUGCGAUCUGUACAACAUCGCUUUUUAUUCUUUCCUUUUCCCCCCUUCUUUUUUAUACUAUCUUGUAGAAAUAUAAGACGAAUUCUUUUAAUUUUCUAUGUGCAAAUAAUCGAAAGAAUACGUCUUAUGGUAACAUAGCCCUCAGAAUCGAUCUCAGAUUUCCGAUUUUUUAUAAUAGAUAUCGUACCGAUAUUUUGCAUCUAUCUUACGAAAACGAGUAAUAUAUCGUUCACGAUAUUUAAAUUUAAUCGUCUUCAUUUUUUCAUGGAAACGUAUAUCGUUCAUUGAAACUAAUGAAUAAUACAUUUUGAAUCAUGAGCCUAUACAAUGUAAGUCGAACUUGUGAUUUCGUUUCGAGGGCUAAAUAAUACCUUUUUCCAACUUUCCAUUUGUUAUUCCAUUCAACUGCCAUGUUUUUAUUUGCAUCGAAGAACGCGAGACAAUGCAUCGUAAAUUUCACAACUAUCGAAUUAAUCGUCGAUCGAUUCGUUAGACAGGGAGAGACGUGAUUAAACAGAUUUGAAGCUCGAAUGAGUCGGAUAUAGAAUAAUCUUUGUACGUUUUACAUUUUAGGUAACAAGUUUUUCUUUGCUGUUCAGUGAAUUCCGGAUCACGAAUGCUUUGUGCGACGUUCUUAUCGAUGUUGCGAAAGAACUUUAUUAUUCAAUAGUACACUUUCAUUGUCAUUGUUUCAGUUGAUCAUUUCAGUUUUGUUACGUUCACGAUGCAUUUAACAAAGUUUCGUUUCUUACCGCAUCUUCAUACUAUUUUUUUUCUUUCUUUUCCUUGAAUCAAUCAAGAUCUUAGAGUAAAUGUUCCGUUUCAAUGAUCAAAACGUAGAACGCCGUAGUUCCAUAGAUGUUAAUGGUACAAAUUGUACAUACUUUUAGUAUCCCACCUCCAUCGAUUGUUCUUCAAAGAUGAAUUUUCUACAGGUUCGAAUGUCCCUAAGAAACGAAUCGUUUGUGCGAAGCGGUGAGCAUGCACACUGAAAGAAAAACUUGGUCCAUGUCCAAUGAUAUUUAUUCGUGCCGUUUUGUUAUGUACAUAGCCGAAAAAACCGCAUAAUAUAGUAAGUAAUUCGAAUUAUACUAUCGCCACUUAGCAUAAAGGACUAUAGAUAAACGAUUAAUAUUAUUGUCAGACUGUAAAUAAAAUUAUUUUGUAUGCCAAAAUAAACCAAAUGAAUGACUCGACACACUACGGUUAUACAAUCGCGUUACACCACACAAUGUAAGAAAUAUUAAAAUGAAAAAAAUACAGAGUAAUGGUACAAGUUGCAGUACGCGCAAUGGUAAUACACGAAAGAUUCCAUUAAUUAUCUUCACUCGUUCAAAAGAUAAAGGAACCAUGCGUAUAUUUAGCGAACACACAGUUAAUACUCGACUCUAUUCUCUGUAGGUAUUAUUUUUUAAGAGAAACCGAUAAUAGAAUUAUAUUAUCAAAUAUAUUUGCGAAUGGCCGUGCGUACUGUAUCGAUUUAAAAAAAAAAGAAAAAUGUUAUCACUGAUUUUCACGCGUAUUUCAUACCCGAGCAUUUGUUGCGUUAUCUUAAAAACGAGCAGCUAUAGUAAUAAUAAUAUUAAUAUCAAUUAACAUUUAAAUAAUGGUAAUUAUAAUAAUACGACACAUUGAUAAUUGUAAACAAUAAGAACGCAAAACGGUGAUCCACCUCUGUCGUUUGUGAAUUUUUGAAACAAUUCACGCAUAGCCAUUUCUUCAUCGUUCUUCUUUUAUUGUGCAUAUCGAAGAUUGCACUCCGAGUUCGAAAACGUGUACGGAGAAAAACAUGUAUUUAUUGACUAUAAAUGAUAAGCCGAUCAGAUGUAAACUUAGAUUCGUGAAUCGUAUUUCAACUAUUGUCAAAUAUGCCUUUGACACGUUUGUUCAACGAAACAAAAGAGAGAGAGAGAGAAAAAACAAAAUUGUAUGUUAGCAAUAAAUGUUCCAAGACGAUUUUCGGCGCGAUAAAAUAUCAUCCGCUUCGUCGUUCGUCGAAUAAUAUUGUAAGAAUAUUUUUCAUUCUUAUUACACGAUAGGUAAGAAUGACGAGCCUAUUUUAUCGUGUCGACUUUAAUCCAUAGCCGAGAGUAAUUCAAAGUUCUACUUAUAGAGUAUUACAAUUAUACACAGUUUAAGUAUAUGUUAUUGCCUCACAAAGAGAGCGUUCGCACCGAGAGCAUUUUCUUCUCAUUUGUAGCAUGUUUCUCCUUCUAAUCCUUAAGAGAAGAAUAGAUGAAAUUUUUAGUAUUCUCUUGGCUAUGUGGUACAAAGACGACGUUUAUUGCUAAUUGUUUCCAGUUCAGCGAAUAACGCGUAAUAAUUGUAACGCAACUGUUUCGCUACUUACCAAGAUUGAAUUACAGAGCGAAACAGAGAACGAGUGAGAAAGAAAAAGAAAACAAUUGAUCAUGUAGAAUUUCGAAUGAAAUAACGUCGGAACGCACGGCAUUGUUUUAUCGACUAAAUAAUUUGUUUGUCGAUCGAAUUUUUUCGGAGAGCGAAACGGGCUCGUUUGAAAAUUAUUAGACUAAAUUUAGCUAUAAAUCCUCGAUUAGGACGAAAACUACUAUGUUUCUUUAGAGAACAGGUUACUUCCGUUUCUUUCUUCGAAGAAGAAAAGUAAAUAAAAAAUGGAAAGGAACAUAUUAUACGAGUUCGAUCGACGUAAAAGAUGGAGAAUUUUUUUAAAAGGACGAACGGGAGAUAACCGAAGAAUAAAAUACCGUGUCCGCGAUGUAAAUAAAUUUAUUCUUAAGGACUUGAACAGAAGCGACGAUUCGUGGAGAGUGUAUACUUAUUAUUAUUAUUAUUAUUAUCAUCGUUUGCAAGACGUGCAUUUGUAUUUCACGCGCAUGCCGAGGAGCUUGCGUAUCGUGGAUACACGCUCGAUCCGAGAGUCUUUAGUCGUGAGAAAGUUCCUUCGUAAAAUUAUAAAUAAUUUCACAUUUAAAAAAGGAGCCAAAAAAAGAAAACCGAAUUAGAGAAUUAUAAACAGCUGAUUUCAUAAUAGGA